GCGACUGGGGGAUUGAGGUAGCAACUUUAGCCUCAGCCCUAUCGCUGGGCGACAGUCUGGCGGGGCUCUCGGGCUCAGCUCAGGGGACCUGGCCAGACCUGUCCCUCCGGAGAGAGGCCGCCGGCGUGGGAUGGGGACCGGCCUUGCCUUGGGGUGAGCUGGCACGGCGCCGGGAUGGAGGGCUCGCUCCGGCCACCUCGGCCCCGAGGCAUUCCCGGAAUGCGGCGGCUCAGCACCCGCCCCCUCGGGAAUUCCCCACGGGAGCACCGGGAGGGAACUGGUACCCUGGCCCGGGGCGGCCGCGCCUCGGCUUUCUCGAGUGGUGGGAUUAGAGACUCGGGCCCGCCGAGUUGAGGUGCAAACGUGACGUCUGGCACACCUGAGGAGCUGCGGGGCCGUCGCGGCCACAUCCGGGGCGACGCGACUGAGUCACCCCGCCCCCGCUUGCGUCCGCCAGUCCAGCCUGUCCGCCCCGUCCCUCCGGCCCGGGACUCGCCUCCCACCUCCCACCUCCACCCGAGCCGCGCGAGCCCCGCGAGGGCGGGGGGCGGGGCGCCAAGGGGCGGCGCUGCCUCUUAAAGGGCCCGGGGCCGCAGCCCUUAGGCCACUUCCUGGGGCGGAGAGGACCUCAGCGGCUGCGGCGACACCCGGGGACGGCGGUGGCGGCUGGGUCUCGAAAUUCCAGGCUGCUUCCAUCGCAGCCCUCGGACACUCAGCUCGGACUGAGCGCGCAUCCGUCACCCCCGAGCCGAUACGGGGCGGCUCCGCUAUCCGCUCCGGUCAGCUCCGCCUUCAUCCCCUGGAACCCGCGCCGGGAGCCAGGCCAGGCCUCUGCCCGGCCCCGGAACCCUGCGUGGACUCUCCCACUGCGACAGCGAUCUGCCAGGGACUCGGAAGCUGGGCCCUUCAGUCGGCCCUGUGCUCGCCACCGUCACCUGCUGGUUGGAUUCCGGAAACCCACUGUCUGAAGACCACAGAAAAGAGUCGCUGACCAUCCAGAAUCGGAUACGUCUGGACCGAAAGCUCCCUUCCCCUUUCUUGCUGCCCUCUGCUGUUCUCAUCUCUUCUCUCAGCCUUUCAGGGAUUUCUGUGUCCUGAAACCAGCCUCCCAUCCACUGCCAAAGUAACUGGGUGAGCUCCAAACCUUGCUGCCUUGAACUCCAACACAGCAAGUCUGAAAGUUACGCCCAAUUCUGCAUACUCCUAGGAAGUUCUGCCUUUUCUUCUCUUUUGGAGUCUCUUGUACUUCCCAAAAUUUCCCCUCCUCCUGUGCCCUCUUCGCCCCCCUCCUUUGGGGGCCCCGUGACCCUGAAUGUGGGGGGCACACUAUAUUCCACCACUUUAGAGACCCUGACCCGCUUCCCAGACUCCAUGCUGGGGGCAAUGUUUAGGGCUGGCACCCCCAUGCCUCCCAACCUCAAUCCCCAAGGUGGCGGCCACUAUUUCAUCGACCGGGAUGGCAAAGCCUUCCGACACAUCCUCAAUUUCCUGCGGCUGGGCCGUCUGGACUUGCCCCGGGGAUAUGGAGAGACAGCACUUCUCAGAGCAGAAGCCGACUUCUACCAGAUCCGGCCCCUCCUGGAUGCCCUGCGGGAACUGGAGGCCUCCCGGGGGACCCCUGCACCCACAGCUGCCUUGCUCCACGCAGAUGUAGACGUCAGCCCCCGCCAGGUGCAUUUCUCUGCUCGCCGGGGCCCACACCACUAUGAGCUGAGCUCUGUGAAGGUGGACAUCUUCCGGGCAAACCUCUUCUGUACCGACUCCGAGUGUCUCGGUGCUAUGCGGGCCCGAUUCGGUGUGGCCAGUGGGGACAGGGCAGAGGGGGGCCCACAUUUUCGUCUGGAGUGGGCGCCCCGCCCUGCGGAACUCCCUGAGGUGGAGUAUGGGAGACUGGGGCUGCAGCCCCUAUGGACUGGGGGGCCAGGAGAGCGGCGGGAGGUGGUGGGCACACCAAGCUUCCUGGAAGAGGUGCUGCGUGUGGCUCUGGAGCACGGCUUCCGCCUAGACUCCGUCUUCCCUGAUCCUGAAGACCUGCUCAACUCUCGGUCUCUGCGCUUUAUCCGUCACUGAGAACGCUGUCCUCAGUUUGAUUGUGGGGAGGAAAGGGAAUGGGGCAGCUCACAGGGAAAAGGUUCCCCUAAUGCCUCUUUCUAGCUCUGCCUCAGGAGCUAUGAGAGUCGGGGUCCCACUGCACCUGGCUGGAGCCCAGAUGUGGGCAGGAAUUCCCAAACCUGAGCCCACCGAGGGUUCACAAGUGAUCCAGAGGGUCUGGAAUGGUGCUGACCCUGGGAUGGGCAUGGAAGGUUCUCUUGAUUGUCCUCAUCUAAAGCUAGGGACUGCCAGUCUCUCCUUGGAGCUCAGUAUUUAGGGGUAUAGAAAAGUGGGGACCACCUCUUUGUCCAGGCUAGACCCAGCAGAACACUGGAGGGGCUUGAGGUCUGGGGAAAGGGGGAGCUUUGCACUGCCCCAGUAUGGCCUCCAGGACCAUGGCUUCUCCUCCUGAAGCUGGGUGGCCUUGCCAAUGAGAGUCCAGAACACUCUAGAACAUGGGAAGGGGGGUUCUUUGCAGUGUCUCAGGCCACCUACUGAAGGAGACAGAAAGGCCACUCCCCAUCCCAGGUUGGCAUAAGGGAGCUACGAGAGUCCCCAUGAGCAAUGGGGCUGGAGCACCUCUCUGGAAUUCCAAGUGUUUUAAAGGAUUCCAUAUGGAGGGUGGGGCUGGCCAUGGGGAGGAGGGGGGUAUCUUUUUGGUCCUGGCCUUACUUCCUUCAUGUGCGUGCGUGCGUGUGUGUGUGUGUGUGUGUGUGUGUGUGAGCCAGUUUGUCUACCUGAUAUGUGGGUCCCUGGCAUCCUUGUCCCCAUCUGUGUUGCUGGCUACACUGUCUGUGUUCUGGUCCUUCUGUGGUCUCUGCAUGUCCAGGCCUGUUUGGGGUUGCCCCACAACUGUUCUGGCACAGGGCGUGUCUGUGGUAUAUGUGUGAGUAGACUGAGAAUUAGUAGUUUAAUUACAGGGUGUGUAUAUGCAUAUGUGUUUAUGUGCACGCAUGUACACAUAUCACCAUGUAGGCAGGAGGGGCCUGUUGGGGUUUAAGUCACUGGGAUCUUCCUGAUGAGAGGUAAGAGGAGUCACUGGGCUUAGCUAGGCCUCUGAGGCCUGUAUGAACUCUUGGUUGCUGAGGCAACCGUAGGCCCCUUGCUAGGAGACAGCUGGGGGGGGCCCAGCGCUGCCCAGUGCAGGGAGGAGAUGAAGAGUCUGGAAGAGUGGGGAGGGCCUGGGAAGGGAUGGGCUACUCGUGCACAGCUUCUUCACUGGGGCAUCACUCAUUGUUUGUCACUGGUCAUGAUUUACAAGAAGAAAAAUAAAAUU